UGCAGUUGGCAAAAAUGUUAUAAGGGACCUUUAGCUGUGGAAACAUCGCCAGAAGCGUGUAUUUAUGAAUGCUUUUCCAGGUGCGGAUGAGUAUACAAGAAAACUCACAAGAGUACUUUGCUUCCAGAAAUGUUCGCGUUUGUUUAUGCUAGCAUUGCAUGUCACUGUUUUUAGCCCUAGCCAGUUGGCAAGGCGUGAAUUCCGCAAACCCAAGAAACCAAUGUCAAGAAUGCGUUGAGCUAGCUAACGUGAUAUUUUGAUACUGUCCGUCGGUAUUAUUAGCUAUGAACAUUAAUCCCUCAAGUGUAUCUCUUUUCUUGUGGUUUUCCUCUGGACCCUACAGAUAGAAACCACUCAGUAGUUGCGCCUCAAACAUUGUUUGCAGGUCGGGACUAGGCGAAAUGGACGCCCCAGCCCCAUCACCCCAGACAGAUUUUUAGCGGUGACACCAGAAACUCGAGUCCGCCACAUCCUGGCCUCGCACAAUCCCCAGAACUCAAACCGUGGCUGUCUUUGUUUUCUAUGACACACCAAAUUUAUGCCCAGCUAGAUUCGGUGGAAUCGCUCUUGGACGAUCUUCCAUAUAUGUUUUAUCUGGGCUUGUUCUUUGUGAACGUCUUGAUCCUCUACUAUGCCUUUCUGAUGGAGUACAUCGUCCUGAAUGUGGGGAUAGUAUUUCUGCCUGAGGACAUGGACCAGGCACUGGUGGACCUCGGGGUGCUGUCCGACCCUGCCUCUGUCCCUUAUGACACGGACACGGAGCUGGAUGUGUUUGAAGGCUAUCUUGAAUGACAAGGCCGUCCCGGAGAAAGAAAAAGACAUUUUUGGAGGAGGUGGUGGUGGUGAUGCAGAGGUCCGGCGCAGGUUGGGCCAGCGUGAACACUCCCUGGUCAGUGAUGUGGGGAAAAAAUCCUUCCAAUCGGAUGCUGUUGUUGCCUUUCUGUCACACAGACACAUCGGUGAAAAAGUUGUCUCGGCUCAAAAGAAGGUAGCCUGAGGAAGACAUCCUGCACCGCCGGCCGCAUGAUGAGCGACUGUCCCAUGGAAAGAGCACUCUGUGCUGGAUCAGCUGUCAGUCAAUGUGUUGCCAGUCUAAUAGCAUUUGACUCUGGUUGGACACUAGGGGGGUCGCACUGACAUCUGUGUCCCUCACUGUGGACACAAUAGACGAUAAAAAGGAAGCACAAUGUGCUGCAGGUGGAGAGAGAAAGCUGUUCCCUAUGGAAGAAAAAAAAAAAUAGAAUUAUAUCAGAGGUGUGGGGCAUGUUUCAGGUUGUCUCCAUUGCAGCCAGUUCAGAUACAGCAACCUGGCAUUUACACCCACCAGUUAUCCAGACUGUAAGAUCUGGUGGCUGACUGCAGAAGAAAAUGAAAUGAUACACUUGCCACUGCAGUUCCAGUGUGGUAAGACAUCUCAGAAGAACUGGUGAAGUGCAGGAAAACAAUGUGCACUGUAGGUCUGUUGCAAACUUAAUCACUCACAGAGCAAUUUGUUUAAUUUUUACGUUUUCAGAAAACAAUGCAUUGCUGCUUUGCAGGCUCACGCAUCCCAGAGGUGUGAUUUAAAAUGUGUCUUUUGAGGCCAUCCAUAUUGUAUGUGUGCCUCGGGGAUAUACACACUCUCAGGAGCACAGUCAGGAACUUGCGAGAUAUAACACUGACACUGGACACAGGCUGUGAAACUAUAGGAUACAGGGGAGCCCUAAACUCUUAAAGCUCUCUUAUAAAUCAGGAACACCAUACUGCACUUGUCACACUCUUUCACUGUAAUGCAGAAAGUUUUUAAGUAUGUCUCGAUGUCACAUUAGAUAAUUGGGGUCUUUUGCAAAUUUAGUUUUCCACUACACAAUUAACAAUAAUAGAUUAGAUUAGUUAUGACAGCAGGCCAAAUGUGCCGAAAUUAUAUCAGUAUGAGUAAUGUCAAAGGCUCAAACCUCAUGCGGAAGAAAACCUCAAGAUAUUUGACAUGUUCAUCCUCUGUUUAUUGCAUACAUGUUUGUUGUUAUAAUUCUACAAAUGUGUGGUAGACACAUAGACAAGACUCAACGCAUGAUAUUGGUUGUGUUGUUUUUAUUUUUAGUUGUCAAAAUAUUCUUUAACGCACUUUCUUCUGUUUACUUUGUUAUGAACUUAGAAUUCAGUUCAUAAAAUGUGUAUUCUUGGCAGCAAUAAUAAACUGGAUUCAAGCAACGGGGCAAUUAAAUGGUUAAACAAAUGAUGUGUUGCAUAGAAUCAGGUAAUUAUACCAUCCGUCGGCUAGAUUUGGUUGUAGAUGGGUGGAAGAAAACCCUCGUGUCAGUAAAGGGACAGUUCACUUGAUUUACUAGAUAUUUGUAAGCCUUGAAAGUUCUGUACAUACUGUUGGUCUGUGAAGAGCACUUACAGCCCUGCUAAUUAACUACACAUUGAUUUACAUUGCAAUACAGAGGAACCAGUAUUUUCUCAUAGCAUACUAUACCUGUCAACCAGAAUAAGCAACUUAUGCAUAAUAAUCAUUGCAUUAUGGUUGUUUUUCACCAAACAACCAAAGCUGUAGAGAUGAAAACCAUGUUGAAAUAUUUGUACUCGCACUUUUCAUACUCUAAUCAAGUUUUAGUCCAAAAUUUCAUUGCCUGACCACCAGUGUUUUGAACAUUACGCUCCACCAGACAACCUUCACAAACAUGACUGUGCUCUAACUGUACUCAGUGCAUCUGCUCUGAUAUCAUUUCGAACAACACUUUGCCGACUCGGCUUAAAUGCUUCACUAAACAUAGCCAGGUGAAUUAUCUGCUACCACAUAAUGUAAUGGUUUCAAAAGAAAAAAAAAGUGAAAUUCAAGAAGGUAAAAAAAAAGACACUUAAACACAUUGAUUAUGCAGCACAGAUUUCCUCCAUCUGAAUCGUCCAUUAUCCAUUAAUCCAUGCAAGACUGUUUUUCCAAGAGUUGGUUCAACCGAUAUGGAUAACUGAUGGCUAAUAACCAAAUUCCUUCUUCAUUUUGUAUCAAGGCUGCCAUUAAGCAAUAUUUUAUGGUACAUUUACAAUGUUUGAAUUUGUUUGUGUAAAUCAGUAUGUCCAUAAUUCUAUUUUUGGCAAGGUAGAAAUUCCUCUGAAACAAGACCACAUGACUCUAAAGCUCAGGAUACUAAUGUUCUUCAAUAUCAAUAUAAAAAAAAAAACAUGCUUGUAUGAAAUCUGAUCAAAUAGUCAGAAUCAGGCAAGGGCUUCCAGUAGAUUAACAGUGAAUAGUUAAUACAAACUUGAGAAAGUGUGUAAUCGAUCUGCGUCAUGCUGGAAAUGGACGACGUAACAGGCUGAUAUCUUAUUUUUUUAACGAAAGCUUAACGUCAGCAGAUGAGUUUGGUAAUGCAAAAGUCACUCCCUGUACUGGGAAAUCAGUAGCAAGUGAGACUGUUUGUGCCAUGUCCCAGGCAUGAUGCCGCACUGCAUUGGCCAGGCUCUGGUUAACACUCUGCUCACAGCAUCUUGAUUCAUUGAAAAGGACUGUGACAGAUCAUAGUCUUUGCUUGGUUUGUUGGGUGUCAUCAUCAUCAUCCUCAACAUAUAACCUUCACCUAGUUGCUUGUGUCCUCCCUCCACAUCUGCUGCUUUGCAGACAUGCACAUGCUGUAAUAAGCUAUGGAUCGUAACAGAGUUUUAUUUUCCAAUGUGUCUAUUUAAUAAACUUUGAGCGA